GGAUUCUGCACUUCCUGCCAAAUAGUUGUCCCUAACAACCCAAGCGCUUUACUAUAGUGUAAAAUUUCAGCCCGGAGGAUAUUUAGCUUAGCUUAGCUAACUCCUCGACUUGAGCCACUAGUAUGGUGGGCCUGCAUAAGUCCAGGAGCAGCAUCAGAGUGUGAGUUAGCAGACGCGUCUGGACACAAAGUGUCGUCCUCACGCACGCACCAUCAUGGAGGAGCCACAGGAGGCACCGGAGCUCCCGGCAAAGAAAGCCAGGCACGACCCAGAAGCCAGUAAGGAAGAAGACGCAAGAGCCGAAGCUGCUCAUGACAACAGACCAGAUGUUUUAGGCACCGAAGUCACCACUUAUGCUCCAUCAUCAGCUUCUCACCUAGAUAGUGUUCCAGAGGAUCAAGAACGCUCAAAUCAACACAUAUCAGGCUGUGACUCAGACCGCUCGUAUACUAAAGUGGAGACGUGUAAAGAACUCACAGCUACAGAUACUGAAUUUAACUCACAGAUCUACCAAGGAAACAACCCUGCAGUUACUGCAUACGACAGCCAGGUGGCGUUUUCUUCUCUGGGUCAGUCAGCAGCAUACAACACCUUUAGCCAGACGGGUCAAACCUACGGCCUGCCUCCAUUUGGUGCCAUGUGGCCGGGCAUUAAGAGCGAGCCCAGGCUGCAGGACGUGUCCGCUGCUGGCCAGAUGCCGUUUCUCAGCUUCAGCACAGCUUAUACUCCAACUCAGCCGUGCCAGACCCACUACUCAUAUCCCAGCCAAGGUUCCUGCUUCACUACGUCCAGCGUGUACUCCAACAUCCCCACAGCCCCCGCCGUCACCACGGCCACCGCCACACAUCAAGAUUUCUCCAGCUAUAACUCACUGGGACAGAACCAGUUCUCCCAGUAUUACGUCCCUCCCAGCAGUUACCUCCCGCCCGCUCCCCCCAGCAGCGACGCAGACGGAGACGACGUCUCGGUGCCACCUUACACGCCCGCGAAGACUGAGACUAGUGCCUCCACAGGGCUGCCCAGCUCCACAGCUGCGUCUCCGGCCGGCGUGACCGUCCCCACAGGCGUGGCUCAGGACGAAGCUGCCCGCAGAAACGCUCCGCCCAAAGCCAAAGGCAAAGGAAAGAAAUCAGACAGCGGCCAGUCCACAGACAACGACCUGGAGCGAAUCUUCUUAUGGGAUCUGGAUGAAACCAUCAUCAUUUUUCACUCGCUUCUCACUGGGUCAUUUGCACAAAAGUUCGGCAAGGAUCCUGCCACGGUGCUCAAUCUGGGUCUGCAGAUGGAGGAGCUGAUCUUUGAGCUCGCAGACACUCAUCUGUUCUUCAACGAUCUGGAGGAGUGUGAUCAAGUCCACGUGGAAGACGUUUCCUCUGAUGACAACGGACAAGAUCUGAGCAACUAUAACUUUGCGAACGACGGGUUCAAUGGAACGAGUGGGGCAGGAGGGCAAAGCUCGAAUCCAGCAGUACAAGGUGGAGUGGACUGGAUGCGCAAGCUGGCCUUUCGUUACCGGCGUCUUAAAGAGAUCUACAACGGCUACAAAGGGAAUGUGGGAGCUCUGCUGAGUCCCCUGAAGAGGGAGCUGCUGCUGCGUGUGCGCAGUGACGUCGAGGCUGUGACGGACAGCUGGCUCAGCACCGCCAUCAAAUCCCUGCUGCUGAUCCAGUCCAGGGGCAAAUGUAUGAAUGUUCUGGUCACCACAACUCAGCUGGUUCCUGCCCUGGCUAAAGUGCUCCUGUACGGCCUCGGGGACAUUUUCCCCAUCGACAACAUCUACAGCGCCACCAAGAUCGGAAAGGAAAGCUGCUUUGAGCGCAUCGUGUCACGUUUCGGAAAGAAAGUGACCUACGUGGUUAUAGGAGACGGCCGCGAGGAGGAGUUUGCAGCUAAGCAGCACAACAUGCCGUUCUGGCGGAUCUCUGCUCACGGUGACCUGGUGGCUCUACACCAAGCUCUGGAGCUGGACUUCUUAUAGAUCACAUACCCAGGCUCUCUCUUUCUCUCUCUCUCUCUCUCUCUCUCUCUCUCUCUCUCUCUCUCUCUCUCUCUCUCUCUCUCUCUCUCUCUCUCUCUCUCUCUCUCUCUCUCUGUGUGUGUGUCUCUCUCUCUCUCUCCCUCUUUCUCUCUCUCUCUUUCUCUCUCUCUCUUUCUCUCUCUCUUUCUCUCUCUCUCUCUCUCUCUCUCUCUCUCUCUCUUUCUCUCUCGCUCUCUCACACACACACACACACCAUGUUAAGGACACCUGAUGAAGCUGGGAGAACAGAAGAAGAGUUUGAGCCUGCAUGGAAUCCUUCCACUACCUUUAAGGCAGCUAAAACCCAGGGCACGAUCCUGGCACUGCGGUAGUAUCUUCACAUCCACACAAGGACGGUGAGGAGGAAUCUCUGAACCUGACCGUCGUACUGCCGGCCCAAAAGCACUGCGUGUUUCUAACCAUUUCUGUUCAAACUGGAUUCACCAAAGGAAGACCAAAACUCUGCACUGGCAUAACAUUUUGGAUGUUUUUUUUUUCUUUUUCUAGCUUGUUUUCUUGAUUAUUUGUACUGAAGGUGGACGUUUUUCUGUUUUGCACUUCUAGAGGACCGGACUGACGGCAGAGCCUGAACAUGGCAACAGAUUUGUUUCUCUGACUUUUUUUAAUAUAUAUAUAUAUAUAUAUAUAGCAUCCAAUUCAAAGUGCAUUAACGUUUUAUCGAUGCGACACGUGUCCAUCCUUCAAGUAAGACGACUCUGCAAGUCGACUCCGAUUCACGCAGCUCGAUUCAUACACACGAUUUAUACAUUUCUGUUCUCAGAGCAGGAUUUUCAUCACUCUUUAUCUCCCAUAGUCCUUUGCAUCUGUAUUCAGGAAGGACGGGGAGAAGAAAGAAACCGUUCACCUCACUGUAACGAGAACGCAUCAUAUAUCUGUCGAUGACAAUCUUUUCUUUCAUUUCUUUUUCUCAGUAUCUGUGUUCACACGGUACUUAAGCGUGUUUCCCUGCGCCGUGUGGAAUCAGAUCUUCAGUCUCGAACCCUGUUGGUUAGACGCACACUAGGAAACCAUUUAGCUUUCGUGUUUUUUUAAUGGCAGGCCGUUAAAGGAACACUGCAGCGCUUUAUCCAUCUCAUCAUCAAUAAAAAACCCUCAGUACUCCGUUAUUAAAUCCUGAUGGUUCUUUUUUGGGCACUGAUGAUCAGUUGGGAAUACAAAAGUAACGCAAAUUCAGUGAGGUCUGCGAUGGCGAUGGCAUAGAAGUAGAUUUGUGUGAUUACGGCUAUGAAAGUGAAGCAAAAAUGAACUCUUACUGUCCUGAUAAGUGUUUCCCAAUAACAACAAUUCUGUUGGUUAAAUAUUGUUUUAUUUAUUACAAACCACCCCAGUGUACUCUUUAUCCAAUUCUAGUUACAUGCACAAGUUGGUUCCUGUUACCACUGGUCUUAUAGCAGCAGACGUUUCCUCUCAUUUCCUUUUUUAUUUUCCCCCCAUUUCCUGUAUCUGAAGAUAAAAAUAUCUUCUAAACAACGUUAAAGAAACGUCUCCACAGAAAGGAAGAAAAAAGCGCAACCGGCUGAUGUAGAAGAGUCAACACUUGCUGACCAAUCAGAAUCCGAUGCGUGUGUGUGUGUGUGUUUGUUUUCUCAGAAGAGAUUUGAGUGUUGUUUUUGUUACAGACGAGGCAGAUGGACAUUAACGUCAUACUCAGCAUUUUUACACUUAACGUCGUCUUUCCGAGACUCCGUGUUCAUCACCACGCUGAAAUAUAUUUACGUCCACGCCGUCGAUCUUCUCAGUGUUCUACACGUACUCACGAUGUCCUCCUUACACGUGUUGUGGGAUUUUUCUAUUACGCCGUCAUUACAUCUAAAUAUAUCGCCCAGCCUUAUCUGACUGCUUCGUUCGUUUGUCUCCCCGCUGUAAAAAACAGCCAUUUUGGGAGAAGGAACAGAAGACUUUAUAUGUUUCCCGUCAGCGAUACGAACGAUGAGGAUGAAGAAGAGGGGGAGGAGGAGGAGGAGGAAAAUUCUGGAUGUUGUGAGAUUCGACUUUAAGUGCUGAGCCUGAAGAAGAAGGACAACUCAUUUUCACACAGCAGCUUCCACUGAAUUACGAAUGUGGACUUUUUUCCUGUACUUAUUUAUAUCGUGCCUUUUAACUCUAAACCUUACAGUUUAUCAUCCUUGCUGUAAUACUGCAAAUGUUUGAGUAAAUGAUCUCUCUCUCUC